UCGAGGAGCCCCAAGAAAGUUAAAGUGGAAAGUGAAAAGGAAAUAGAGAUGGUGCUUGCUGGACAUGGACAUAUUUUUACAAAAAUCAAGUUUUCCUUCACUGUUGAAGCUAUGACUUUAGCACUGUUCACUGGAGGAGGUGAUGCCCAUGUAACAUCAACAACAUCCAAUGAAUCAAGUAAUGGCAGUUCGUCAAAACCAAGUCAGUCACCCAGUGAUGAGUCUUCUGGACAACAUACCGACAUAGUUGCAGCCUCAAGUCUUCUUGGAGAAUCUGGAAAAUUGCAAUCACCCACACACAUUUUUUAUGUAUCAUCAGAUGAGAGUUUAAGGGCACACAGUGUGUUCUCAAAGUCAGGCCACAAAAUUAUGAUGGCAAAACGAGCUCUGGCAGAGGUCAGUCUGCAGGUGGUGAGGAUGAAAGGAACUAUGAUGUCUGAUGGAUCACUUGCAGCCAAUCUUGUUCUCUUUGACUGUAUUUUGCAGGAUACUAGACCAGAUCAAGAUGGAUUCAUAACUAGAAUGAUGGAGAGGAAGGCACGAAGUGGUGAACGCGGAAUGGUAGACCUGACGUAUCGUCAAGAACCUUCUAAAGAUAUAUAUGUGGAUGUACGUAUCUCUGGGUUUGUUCUUGUGCUGCACCUGCCAUACUUGCUUAGUAUUCAGCGUUUCUUCACGGACAAUUUACCACAGCAACCUGACUCGCCUUCACCUGUCAAGCCCAAAGAUACACCCAAACCAAAGAAUGACUCCAGUGUUGAUGAACGUCCAAGCAACAUAAUGACUGUACGUGUGAAGGUUGAGCAGCCAGACAUUGCACUUGUAGAGGAUGUGUCAUCCCUUGACACUUCUUGCAUCAUCCUUCAUGCAGAAGUGAACAGUGACAUCAAGCAGACCCCAAUGUCUCAGAACAUCAGUGCCAGCAUUGCCAACCUUCAGAUGUAUACCUGCUGUUAUAAUCCCCAAAAUAGACAGAAGACACUUGCACAGAUCCUGAAUAAAUGUGAAUUGUCACUUUUGUGCAGUGUGACCCCCAGCCAUGCAGAACACGUAGAUAUCAAGUUGAGCCAAGUUGACUUGAGAGUGUCUCCAGGGACCAUAGAAUUGUUGAGUAGUAUUGGAACAACAUUAUCCAGCUUAGAGGCUGCUGCAGAGGAAAUCACAGAGAAAGUCUGUGACUGGACAGGAAUAUGGGAGCAGAAGCCUCUGCAUCAAGCAGAGUUUGCCUUCUUGGCUGUAGAGGAGGCAGAAGAAGCCAUUUCAGAAGAGACAAGUGAAUUAGUAGCAGCAGUACAUUCUGGUCCUGGUGGGGAGAUGGCCAUAAUUACAAUGGAGUGCUUACUGAUUACACUAGAGACAGGCUCUGUCACAUCACCUAUUCCACUCAUCAAACUUCAGACCAGUGUGUCUGCAAGUGCCACAGGCUUCCGCUCUCAGAAAGUGAACCUAACUGGAGAAGUAAGCACAGAACUUGCUUAUUACAAUCCCCGUUUAGCAGUGUGGGAGCCAUUACUGGAGCCAGUGGAGGUGACUGAAAAACUAGGUUCUCCUGAGCAUGUACCUUGGACACUACAUUUUGAGGUAGAAAUCUUAUUUUUUUAUAUCUGAGUAUUUCAACCUCUC